AUGCGCUCGAUACUACCUCUUCUCCUUCUUUCUACCUCUUCGUUGGUCUUGUUUUCGAAUGCGUUACCCCUAACACCUAACCAACCAGCAAUCCGUCCUCGUGCCAAAUACUCAGUGGUUGCAGUUGACGGUGGGUCAGGCAACGAUCCUGCGCCUACCGACACAGGAGACAACGAUUCAUCAUCCCCAACGAUUACGCAAACACAAGAUCACACCACGACAGUGACUACUUCAGCAACUCAAGCUCCACCUACAACACCGACUAUUACAGCCACCAAAGUUGUCACAGAGGAGGGUCCAGAGAAGACAGUACAGGUCGUCAAGACGCAAGAGGUGCAUGAGACAGCGGAGCCACCGAAACCAAAGAUCCAGAUCGUCAAUGUUGCCGCAGAUACACCCUACCGCUACGGAGGUUGUCACGACUUCAACUAUAAUUUGUCCCUCCUCGACAUCUCGGCCUCCAUAUACUUCGGUAUCAAGCUCGAGUACGCCGGUAUACACGUCAAGCUAUAUCACUUCUCCUACAUCGACAUUGUCAUCAAUUUCGAGGUCUUCUACCACUCCACGUCCCGCCACCUCCUCACCAACAAGCUCUCUACGACGAUGGCAAAUGGCAUACCACCUAUCGGGCUUGGAAUGCAUCCUCCACUAGCAGCUCGACAUAUUCUUCAACAAGCACUACAAGCCUGUCGUGGUAAUGACGUGCUACCUUUUGUCAACGAUGGCAAUCAACAGUACCUGUUCAGAGGAAUCCAUCCUCAGCUUGGCUUGACAGGCCCGCUAUCGUGA